GUCUCAGGCAGAGCAGAGUCUCAUGUGUGGAGUUAUCGCUUCAGGGACAGGAGCAGUACUAUGUGCAUCUGUAACAGAUUCAGGAUGAGACCAGAUCACAGCACCGCCUCUGGAACUGCCUGAGCCAUCGGCGUCAGCAUGUCCCGGUUCACACGGGGGAGCAAGAACCCGGUGCCGGACGGGCUUAGGAUACUCAGCACAGGGCAGCUCCGGGACCUCUUGCAAGAAGAGAAUACAAUGGACCAAAUCGUCAGACUCAGUCAGAAGUUCCAGGAGCUACAGCUGGAGAGGGACACCCUGCUGACUAUCAACCACAGCCUGGCUGAAGAGUCUCUCUCACUCCGCCCACGGCUGGACAAUGGCAAACUGCAGCUCGCUGGCAAAUACCAGGAUCUGGAGCUGCUGUGGGCAAGCUGUCGGGACAAGCAGGAGCGCAUUGAGGCCUACCUGGAAAAACAAAGCCCCCAGGAGGCCAGGAACCUUCUCCAGGUUGAGGUGGACAGAGCUGAGAAGGAAUCAGAGGAGCUGUUGUCACAGUUCAUGGAGCACUCCUUGCCUUUAGACGCUUUUCUCGAAUCAUUCCAAAGCUCCAGAAAGCUUUGCCACAUCCGUCGUGCACAGACCGAAAAACUCCAGGAAGUGACGAAACAGGAUAGAAACCUGAAGAAGCUGCAGCCAGGAAACCUGAAGAACCAGGAGCCCAUCCCCAAUGGCUCUCCCGCCCAGGCCCCUCCUCGAGUCUUCCAGCUCCGCUACGGCCUCAACCCAGCUAUCCUCAUACCUUCCUUCCACCUGCCCUCCACCCCAGCUCCAGCACCCAGCACCGCACUCCCUCCCCUGGGCUCCCAUCCAGGACAGCCUCCUGCUGCUCUCCUGCCUCGUGCUCCUUGCUCUGGCAUGGGCCUUCCUGUAGGUCUGCGGGUGAUUGGACAGAUCCCAGGCUGGCCUCCCAGGGCUGUGCGACUCCAGCAGCUCCAGAGACGACACAAGCAGCACCACCCGGAGCCCCCGUACCGAUAAACACUCACUGUGUGGGCGAGGCUCAUAGCAAAGGUUAGGGAGAGGGUGGGAAAUUAACAAUAGACAUUAUGUGACUGCUAUAGACCUGUAGAAGUUGAUAUGGCAGGUUGUUGCACAAUCAAACAUGCUUAAUAUGACCCUGCCAGAAUAUAAAGGCAGUCAAUGGGGACAAGCUCCUGAUUACAGCACUUUGGUUAGUGUCACACUCCGGUUACUAUCACUCACAUUUAUCAGGUAUACACACACGGAUCCGAACUUAAUAUCGCUUUGGAAAAAAACAUAAGAUUAGAAAAAAAUGAGUUGCUGCACAGCACUGAAAUGCUCAUAAUACUAUAAGGAGCAGCCCUUUGUUUCUGGUUUCUAUUUUAUAUACAUUUCCUGUGAAUGUAUAACUGUUUUAAUUUUUUUUAACAAGGGUGAAAAUAAGUAAUUCCCCAGUUUUCCAGGUAAGCAUCAGGGCUAAUACCCCGGGCUGUCGGGACAGCAGCUCACCUGCUCCUAUUGAGUUUGAAUGCAAAUUGUGUAAAGCUGAUGAAGGUACCCUGUAUCAGUGCUUCAGUAUGAUAUUACACAAAAAAGAUAUACCUGCAUUUAUUCCAUUUAUUUACUGGGAGUAAAGUCUUGGAUUUUCUUGGUGUAAAUUGGUAUUUAACAGGCCAAAAUGGUGGUGAAAAUCAGUAAAUACUGAUUUGAAGCUAUUGUAAAACGGGGGAAUUUUUGGGUAAAA